AUGAGAAAGCGGGAUCGUCUCAAAUACGGUCUGAUUCUAGGAAUCAUUGUCUGCUGCUCGACAGCAUUGAGCGCACUUGACAAUGUGGCGAGCGCAGAGUCUGCCGAGACCGACAAUCUGGUAAAGCCAUGGCCACACUAUCAUCCACCCGUCGGUGCAAGGAGUCCGGUCAACAGUCAACAAGAUCAUCGCUCUCAGCCCGUGUUAACGACCGUGACCUCGACGAUCAGUGCCGCAGUGGCAGCAAAGGCAACCCCUUCACCUUUCCCAACCACGGCACCCACGGCUAUGGGAUCCCCUCAGCUCAACAACCCCAUUUUCGCAACAAUAAGUUCCCUCAGCAGCGCCCUCGAAGAAGCCGAGUCAAAUGCCAUCUACAUCUCAAGCCUCCUGGCGAUAUCCAUCAUAGGGCUUCAGGAGUCGAUCGAUCAGCUUACCUCGUCAGCUUUCAGCGCUUUGGCAUCAGUCCAAGCCUCGGCCUCAAGCGCAGUAGCGUCGGCUGAGGCAUCUGCUUCCAAUGCCGUGAUAUCUGCAGAACGUUCGGCCUCGAGUAGGGUCAGCAGUAUGAGCAGCAGUAUGAGCGAAAUGUUGGACCAAGGGGAUGUGGUCACGGUCACGGUCACAGCAACCGUGGUGUCAGUUACAACGGACCUUGUAGGGUCGACCGUCACAGUCACGGCAGACCCAAGCUCGACAGACUCAAGCUCAACAAUGGUCGGUGCUUCCCCCAUAUGGCAAACUGCUGACCGACCUGUUAACAUUUACCAGGCUCCAAACGACUCCCAGGCUCAAAAUGAAAACGACAUCAAAGCUGUACAAGGAGCUGCGUUAUCGGUCAACCGUGCUGCUAUAGCAGUUGUCGUUGCCAUCAUUGGUUCCUCUCUGCUUUCUCUUGCGGGCUUUUACCUCUUCGUGAGAUACCGAAAGAGGAAACAAAAGAAGAAAGAAGAAGAGCAGAACGUAAGCGACGCACUCGACCGCGCCAUCGUUAGCUAUAUCGUUAAAGAUCAGACUAGUCCAACGUCAAACGAUGGCGACCCUUCUAGUCCGACAGGGCCACCAGAAACCAUCCACUUGGAGACCAUCGAAGAGGUAAACACACCCCCUCCAGACAUGGGACCAUUACCACCACCCGUUCGUCGACCCUCACAAGCCUAUCGCCCCUCACAAACACCCCAGACGCCCCAGUUCGAGCCACCAGCAGGCAUCUCCCCACGACAAAUUGGACAAGCCGUCAGCAAAGACUAUAGCAUCGACACCCUCCCAUCACCCGGUCCACCACCAACUAUCCCCCUACCAACUCCACCAGCAACAAAAGACAUCAGGCGAAACAUCUCAAUACGACACGCUCCCGAGAGCAGAGACAGCGUCUACGGAGACAUACUAGCCAGGCCGCUAACAACCGUAACUACCAACAGUUCGGUGAUGAGCGGCGUGAACGCUGGUGGAUACCCGCUCGGACACGCGAGGACUGUAUCUUCAACCGUUGCGGGAAGUGUUGGUGUCGUUGGGAGAAUGGCCAGUAACGCAUCUGCUUCCACUCGAGGCAGGCACACAAGGGGGCCGUCGACUUCGAGGCGAAGAGCGGCGAGUGCGGGGAGUGUGAGAUUGCAGGGUCAAAGCAUGGGGGAUCAACAGCAACAACGACAACAACAACAACAACAACAACAAAAACAACAACAGCAGCAGCAACCGGAGAGAAGAGAUGACAGAAGGGAUUUGAAUUGGCCGUUGCCGAAGAACGGGUUCGUUUGA